CAUCAACGAGCCGGCGUUUAUAUAUUUGAUAUAUGUUUAUUGCUGAAGCCUGCAGGCGCUCUUCGAUCAAUCGUGAUUUGCAGGUUGUUUCGUGGACAAAGGAGUUUAUUCGCUCGUAUGUUAAACGAUUUGACCGUUUCCAGCCACUGAAUAUUCGAGAUGCGAACGCUUGUCGGUUUGUUGGCGUUGGCCUGCGCUACCUUUGCAUCGAAAGGACCCAAAGUCACUAACACGGUCCGCUUCCACUUGACGAUUGGCGGCGAAGAUGUGGGCACAGUCGAUAUUGGCUUGUUUGGAAAGACCGUGCCUAAAACAGUAGAGAAUUUCCGCCAGUUGUGCAUUAGCAAGAGAGAGAAGGAGACGGAUGACCUCGUUGGCUACGAAGGCAGCAUCUUCCAUCGGGUUAUUAAGGAUUUCAUGAUCCAGGGUGGAGACUUUACCCGGGGCGACGGAACCGGUGGAAGAUCGAUCUACGGUGAACGAUUCGCUGAUGAAAACUUCAAGCUGAAGCACUACGGAGCCGGCUGGCUGUCGAUGGCAAAUGCUGGUAAGGACACAAAUGGGUCGCAGUUUUUCAUUACAACCAAGAAAACUUCGUGGCUUGAUGGGCGGCAUGUGGUCUUUGGCAAAGUCAUCAAGGGUAUGGAUGUAAUCCGCAAAAUCGAGGCGAAUCCAACGUCGAGCAACGACCGGCCUGUCAAGGAAGUGAAGAUUAAGACCUGUGAAGAAAUUCCAGUUCCGGAGCCUUUUGCCGUUGCUAAGAGUGACGCCACAGAGUAGAGUACAUCAAACCGUGGCAGAUUUUUGCCUAAUUUUUGCUUCAUUUUUAUAUUUAAAAUAGGGGGCGAGAGAUUUACAAACUAUUUGCUUCCAGAAAAAAAUUAAACAUAUGUAAGCGUCACUGACGGGUACGCAUGUCCGCCUCUAAAGCGACUAGCUUGUGUCUAUUAUAAUAAUUAAACUUAUACUUUUUUCUAAUGUGGUAAGGUAAUCGGCCUGAGUGUGGUCAUUACAUACUUUGCCUUCCAGUGUAUUUUGGCUUGCUUGUAAUUGUAAAGAUGGUCUCUAGGAAAAUCAAAGUGAGUGUUUAAUUGCGUGUCGCGCCGGCAAUUUUCACUGAACAUUCAAUUGAUUACCUAUAAUAAUCGAAUGAGACGACACCUAAUAGUUUUCUCCAGUAUGCAAGAUGUUUAUCGAUGUAUUCGACAGACCACAGUCAGCUCACAUAUCUGUACAAAUGUACACUUGACAGUAAAUGUGUGAAUGGAGAUUUAUGAUAAUAAAAUCUAGUGGGAUUUAAUGAGAAAUGAAAUGAAAUUUUUGAAACCGCGUGUAUUAUUAAAUAAUCAUUCUUAACAAACGCGAAAGCAUACCAGCUAUUUGUGAAGUAUUUUAGAAUAAACCUCACAAGAGACGCGGAGUAGCAAUGUACUUUCUGAGGUGGCAAAGUACCAAAAACAGAGGAAACGGAAUUGGAUAAGUCUGUGCAGGUCACAGCAGCAUUUUUUGUUUUUUGUCGCCAUAAAUAGCUGUCACAAUUGAUAUUCGCGUAAUGGGUCGGCAUUUGUAUAACACUUGGUUUUAUGUUUCCUGAGUAAAGUCUAGAUCUUUUUAAAAAAAUCUACACAAACUUUAAUAAAAUUUCAGUUCCACUUAAAUUGAUAUUGUGUUCCUAGUUUUUAAAGUUCUCAAAACUGAAAUCACUCGUCUUGUUGUUGCUAUGUUUAAGCAUAAAUUCGUACCAUAUUUAACAUUCAUAUAGCAUUAAAAAGCGAAUAAUUUAGAAGCUUAGAUAUAAAAAUAUAUUUUUACUUAACCCAAGCGUACUUUAAGAUAAUUGUCAGAAGUGAAAUCAGUGAUCAGAAUUGGCAGCUUACUGUUGAACAUGUGGUCGAUGAUAGUCAAUGAUUGAGAGGUACGGAUCUUCAGCUGCCACUACCCUAAUGUUUUUUCCCCAGAAAUAGAAGCGAGAUACUUUAGAAGCUAUAUAUAUCUUAAUAUGCCUACUGCCCUUCAAGUGCUUAGUCUCAUUAUCUUCUGAGUCCCAGAUUAUUAUUAGAGAAGUGUAAGAGUAAGGACUAGGUUUCUUUUAUUUUAGUGCGAACUUGAAUGUAGCUAGAGGCUUCAUUCAGAAACUCAUGAACUUUACUAAUUCUUAUAAUAUAGUACACAAUAACGCAUAUGAUUUCAUAGUACUCCUAAUUUGAGUUCAUCCAUUACGUUGGCUCUAUCAAAUUGUCACCGUGUGGCAUACUUUAACAGAGAGACAUUGCCGUCCUUCGUGAACAGUGAAUGAGCGGUAAAAGGCCAAGACACAUUUAAACCGACAAGCUUUCGAGGGUCGUAUGCGUGUGGGCAAAUUUGAAUUGCUUUUUUAUUCAUAAUCGAAGACAAAAUAUUAUUCACCUUCAGAACUGUAUAUUCAAAUCUGCAGCUCUUCGUUGGGCAAAAAGUACAUCCGCGAAGGUGGUUGUUUUUUAGUUAAGCAACUCGCCUGUGCUCUCUUAUUCACAAUUUGUAAACAGAGAGCAGCCGGCACGAACUCAACUAACGUCGGAAAUGAAUAGCAACUUAUAGUAUAGCGUGCAUAUUAAUAAAAGGUUAUAA